CAUAUCGUUUGGUAUAAAUGAAUUCCAUAAGUUUUGUGGAAUUCAUUUUGAAAUGAAAUCUUUUUGUGUUUGGUAUUUAAAAGAAUUCAUUUUCAAUUCUAAAUUUUGAAUUCUACGGAAUUGGGGCUAGUUAUAGCAAUUCCGAGGAAUUGAGAUAGAAUUUCCAAAUGAAUUCCACAAGUAUUUACUAAUUAUAAUAGAAUUACAUAGUUACCUUCUUUUAUUAACUAAAUUACUUAUAUAAAUGACAUACCAAACACAAGAAUUCAUUUGACAAUGAAUUCUACACGGUAAUUCAUUUACAAUGAAAUGAAUUUUCGAUUCAUGUGGUACCAAACGAUCUGUAAGUAAAUUCUUCGAAUCAUUAAAAUACACUUUAAUUGAAAGAUCACAUAAUCGAUCGAACUAGGUAUUGUCAAAACAUUUUCCAAACAGGUCGGAUCUCUUGUAAAAUUUACUUCUUCCAUAUUAAUAUCAGAAGAACAUUGGCCAAAAUGGAGAUUGUGAUCAUAAAUGGGUUGAUGUCUUUUCAAUUAUCCUUGGAUCGGGUUGUUCAAUCAUUCACACCCAUGAAGAAGAGUUGAACUUGCCUGGCAUUGGAACGAUUAAGGGCUUGCGUAUCCGACUAAAUUCUCGUGUUAUAAUUUCUAUGAUCCUCCUAAACAAUAAAACAACAUUUAAAUAAUCGUCAUAUUCAUCUUAUUUUUUUAUCACUCGUUGUUAACUCCGGAUUUAGAUGUUGAACUUGCCCAUAUCUAUUGAAAUUAUAGCUUUUGGGGGAGACUAACUAUUUGACAAAUUAGGGCGAUGAUUUACUACAUUCAUUUGGUUUUUUUAUCCGUCCUGCAAUAACUAAAUUUAAAAGUUUAUGUACCGGACAAUCACCAUGAGAAAGUUCAAUCAUCAAAUCGAUCUUCUUGGCAACUUUAAAUAUCUUGAGGAUAAAAUGGGGGAUGAGAUACGGUGACAACCCCUAAGAGGGUUGUCAGAUUCACAACCAACUUCAUAGUCCUUGGAUACGCUCUCUCUCGGGAUGAGAUACGGUGACAACCCCUAAGGGGGUUGUCAGAUUCACAACCCACUUCAUAGCCCUUGGAUACGCUCUCUCUCCUGUCUCUUUCUUCUUUUUUUAAAUUAAUUGUUAAGAUUAAACCAAGGGCAAUUUCGGAAUGGAAAACUUACCACAUGAGAUCAUUUCCAUUUUCCAUAUAAAUACUUUUUAUUACAAAAAAAAAAAAAACAGACCCUCCCCCCAAUUUCCUGCGUCUCCCUCCUCUUCCCCUCUCACAUAUCUCUAACAAAAAAACUCUAGCCGUCAAGAGCUCCACCACCGACCUCCAUCAUCGUCGACCUCAAUCACCAUGCAGACCUCCAUCAUCGUUGUCACGACCGCCUUCCUCCUCACGCCGACGUUGUCCCCGCCUUACCCGCUGCCCUCGUCGCCCCAGCCGCACUUGUCGCCGUCUUUACACCACUGUCGCCGCCUCUGCCUCCCCUGCCGCCGCACCGCUGUCCUCCCCCCGCGCCCCGUCGCGCCGCUGUCCUCCCCUGCCCCGCCGUCGCGAGGUCAAGACUCUUCCCUGCCUCCCUCUUUCCUCAUCCCUAUUUUUUUUUCCAGAUCUGAUAGUCUCUACUGGUACCAAUACCACUGGUAGCACUAUUGGUACCAAUACCACUGGUAGCGCUAUUGGUACGCUAUCACUACUCACUGGUACCAAUACCAGUGACUCCCCUAUCAUCUGGUACCACUAUCAUUUGUUUUUUUUUUUUUUGUGUGUGUUAUUCUCUACCGGUACCGCUACCAAUGCUAGUGGUAUUGCUACCAGUGCUAGUAGCGUUGUGUUAUUCUCUACUGGUAGCGUUGUACUGGUAGCGUACCACUAGUACUAGUACAUUUUUUACUGGUACCGCUAGUACUGGUAACGUACCACUAGCACUGGUAUAUUAAUUACCAGUAGACUAAUAGAUUGAUACACUUUUUAACGCAUUGGUACAUUUUUUCAGGUUGCCAGAGGGAGUCUGCCGGAGAGAAUUUGCCGGAGAAAAAGUUUGUCGGUCGAUGCGGAGUGGCUGCUGGAGAAAGGAAGAGAGAGAGAGAGAUAGAUAGAGAUAUUAAUGUAUAGGAUUUAAAUUUCAGAAAAAAUUGUAUUUAAUAUGGGUAUUUAAUUCCCAAUAAAAUUAAUACAAAAAGGUAAUUAAUACAUUCAUUUUUUUCAUACCCAAAAUACCCUUGGUUGUGAAUCUGACAACCCCCAAGAGGGUUGUCACCGUAUCCUGUCCCCUUCUCUCCUGUCUCUUUCUUCUUUUUUUAAAUUAAUGGUUAAGAUUAAA